CUCUUCCCCACCAUGAUCUCCGUUUGGUUUCCCCUUGCAUGAUAACUAUUUAAAUACAUUUUACUAACUUUGGAUUCCUUGCUCACUUCACUUCACCUGGCUGGGCAGGUCUGCAAGGGCUCAAGGGUUAGCUCCUCCACUUUUAUUGUUUUAUUUAUUUUUCAGUGGUUGUUUCUAUUAAGAUAACCAUGUUCAGAAGGAGAGUCCGAAACACAUAAAUAAUGGGAAGUGCUAAUAGUAAGCAGGUUGCUGCAAAAUGUGCUGGGGCUUUGACUUAAGGGAAGAAAGCACAGCCCCGCACUGUCCCUGAUCAGGAAGCUGGAGCACAGAAGCCCAGAAAAAUCCUUGUCCAAACCCUGGACAUAUCCAGAAGAUAUAAAGGAAAGGAGCAGACUUGACAGGCCUCUUGGCAGAAUGGGGCAUUUGGAGGACGUUGAGAAAGGCAGUCCGGACACCAGCUGGAAAUAACUGUUGGGUCUUUGCCAUUGAACCAGAAAGGGAAAGGUAGAGAGACUUGACAUGAUUCUCCAUAGCUGUCACAAGCCAUCUCUGUUCCUCCCAUUGUACUUCACAUGAGGUCUUCAUCUCUCAGUGCUUGAAGCUUUGUGGUCUGAGCUGAAGAGAGUUCACUUAAAAUCAAAAAAUGCUGAAGGUCGGAAAUAUCCCGGGACACUACUUCUGUCGAAUCUACAUCAUUAGACUAUUUCUACCUCCUCACUAAAGAUGGUCAGAAAUGAAGCCAAAUACAAACAUGAGAGGGAGUUCUAAAGAUGAGAAGCCAAAUUACAUGGCUGAAAAGAAAGUUUCCUUCAGCUAUUCCGUAAGAUGAAUCGAUGUGCAGCAGCACCGUCUGGAGGAAUCGCUUUGUGCUUGUGAAUUGCAAACAGCUGGAACCAUCCUACACAAUCAUCUGCCUAUUUGACACCUGAAAUUAAUCCUUUGGAUAAUUCAUCCAUGACUCCCAUCAACAAUGCAGGGAAAUAAGAAACAUACAGAAGGACAUAGUGACUCCUCAAGUAUUGGGAGUCUCCUGGAUGACACAGACAGAGAGGUGAGCAGUCUCACAGAUCGGGCUUUCAAAAGUUUGUGUGUGGCAGAACUUGAAGACUCUUACAAUGAACCAGAUCUUGCCAUUUCACCUGACUUUGCCCUCCAAUUCUCUGCUAAAUUUCACCCAGGGACAUUAAACCAUACCAUCAAGAAAAGCAACGUCUGUAACAAACUAACAGCAAGAAACAAUGAACAUACAAAAUGGGCUUCAACAUUCCAGCAGUUACCAAAGUGUACUCCAGAGGAGAAAAGGAUUGCUAAAAACAAUACCUUUGCCACAGAAAGGAAAAAGCUGAAUUUGCCAGUCCCUGGUCCAAGGAACAAUAAACAUGUUUCAAAAGUGUCCUCAUUGAUUAAGACAUUUGAUAAGACUGCAGACCAAGGGUCAGGAGAUUCCCUGAUAGCCCUUAAGCAGCCCAUUAAGAAUAGCUUUCAAAAAUGUAAAUUGAAUCAUGGAAACGAUAUGGCUUGCUGGGAUGACACAGACAUUUUAAGCAUCCACAAGGAACUUUCUGAAUUUUCUGAGGCUAGUCAUGGUAGCCACAGUCUCAGCAGCAAACAUGAGCCACAGAAAAGACCUAAUAAAAUAGACCUGAAUUACUGUGGCUCUGAUGGUUAUUAUCCUGUGCUGAUUGAGAUGUCGAAAGUAGCCAAGUCAAAUUUUUCCCGUUCGUCUAAAAAGGCUUUAAAAACCAGAAGUGUGAAAGUUAAUGAGCCAGCAAAAAAAGGUAAUUUUCUUCACAGUGAGAAUAGUGCUUUUGAGUCAUGGAAUGUUCAUCAUAAAAAACUGACUGAAAAGGAGGAAUUUGUUGGUAUAAAAACAAAAAAGGAAGGUCUUGCAUACCUGGAAGAAGCACCAUUUAUUAAAGGAUCCCGCACACAUGAACAGAAAUUACCACCUGACAAGAUCACCGUUGCUAAGAAGCAGGAGAAAGAUUUUCAGAUGGAGCCAGCUCCACCAGAAGCUGCUUUCAGCAUCCCUCUUCCAGCUGUAUACGUACCUCAGGGUCCCCUCCCUUCAGAAACCAAAUUUCAUGCUGCUCUUCCUCCCGCACCCCCCCCUAGGAUCCAUGUGCACCAGGGUCCUCCUCGGCCACCCCCUGUCCCGCAGACGCUUCCUCUUCCACCCCCCACCCAGCAGGGCCAUCCCCCAACACCCCCUACCCCUGAAGCCCCUCCUGUGCCACCACCCCCAGCGCCAGCUCAGCUUUCCCCUCCUGCCAUGUCCCAAGCCUCUGUCUCACCCCAGUCUGUGUCCUACAGGAUGGUUUCACCCUCACUCAUAGCCCAAGCACCCAGCCCACCUCCACAGAGACCCCUAGCCACCUUAACCGGAGAGGAGGCCCUCAGUCCCCAACUGGGCAAUAGUUGUCCACCAUGGAGGAGACAGAGGGCUACAAAAGGGGCAGCAGAGAAGAGACAGACCUCAAAGGAGAAUUUCACAGCCAGUGAUGACACGGUUUCAUUGUCUGAAAAGGCAACUGGUGCUGAACCUGGUCUGGAUGUGACUCCUCUGGCUAAACAGGUAAACUCCCCUGGAUCCAUCAGUCCCUCUUUCAACAUCACCGAACUCUUAACACCCAUCAUACCACCAAAACAGGAGGUGGACCCUCUGGAAAGUGAGCUGAUCCCACUGACACCUCCUCCCACUGAGAGUGCAGCAGCGAGAGACCACGAGGGGAGCGCAUUUGAUGAUUACAGCUCUCGGGAUAGUUACAAGUCGAAAGCAUCGAGUCUGUUAUUCAACUUGAAGGAUGUGCGUAAACGUGUUAAAAGCAUUUAUACCCCUUCUCCCCUGUUAAGGGCCUUGGAGGAGAAAAAUAAAAAUAGGGAAAAUAUACAGGAAAGUACAAAAAUUAAUGCCUCACUCUCAACUUCCCAAGAAAAAAGUAACAAAAAUAUUGCAGAGAAAGAUGAAUUGGGUGAUAUAGCCUCUGUAUUGUCUAGCAGUGUUCACGAAAAGGACAAUAUAGCUGAUUUAACUGGACACUUUACAGACAAUUACCUGACUUUGAGUUCACCCCAAACAACAGCGGACUUUUUAUUUUACCAAACUGGAGACAACUUGCAGCAAGACGAUUCAAAACAUGAAGGUCUGGUUAAAAACACAAGGGGUAAUGAAAACUUCCCCUUGUUCAGAUAUGAAUCAAAUGAACCUGAUUUAAGGAAACGUCUGCAGUAUCCAGCACUGAAACCAUUCAGUAGAAACACUGCAGAUAGAACAGCUGGGCAGCCUGUGCAAAAUCCCAGUGUCCAGGGUGAGGAAAAUGAGAGACGGGCUGCUAAUCAGAAUGAAGAAUUUGCCGUCAAAACACUCCCAAACCAACUCUCACCAGCAGAGGAUGUGCUUUACAGUGACAUCCAAACCAGUAUGGUGGUAACUGGCCAUGAAGCACAAGGCAAAAGAAGCAGUAGUUCUUCGGAGCAAUCUUUUGUCUCCACAGUAGAGCAGCCACUUCAGGAGGAGCCAUUUCCACUGGUGCCCCUGAUGCAGAAGGCGUGCCUUCAAGAAAGCCACAAGACUAAGAGUGAAAUGGGUGCAGACAGUAAAAAAAGCCACAAGGAGAGAGGGAAAGAGGUUGGUGAAGAUGAACUGCAAUAUUAUGCUUGUAUCAGCUCUGGUACUGGUGCAGCAGAGAAGAAGGAGGGCAGGGUUACUGGGAAUGAACAGAGUAGCUUGAUGAAAGAGAAACUAAGGAGAGAGAGAAGGGAAGAGGCCAACAGCAUGGAUUCUGCUUCCGACGGUGUAAGGGACGCGUCCAUCCCCAGGUCCGAGGAGCCACAAACACCCCCAUCUUCAAGCUCAACCAAACCCAGUCUGUUUAUGAUUAAAGAUAACACAUUCAGGUCACCUCAGGUAAUAAGGGCUGUCAAGCUGCCCCUGUUCAGGUCCUUUUCCCUGGAUGAUACAACGAGCAGCAGUUAUAAGGAAAUGGAAAGUAGGUUUGUGCCCCCAGCAGAGCACAACAAGCAGCACCAGAACAUGUUGCAUGCCCAGGAGGCAGGUUGGUCGGCAUCGAGGAGCAGAGGGCUGCAGAACGUGAGGGAUGGAGCAACCGACAGAGGGAAAGAGCCCAGUGAGCCUGGAUCUACUUCAGUAACACUAGAUCCCAGUCGUCUGGAAGACACAGAGAGCUUUUCAUUAGGGAAGCUGAUGGAAGAAGACGAAGAGACUUAUGCUUUGUUAAAUAAAGUUGGGAAAAUGAAUGAGGAAAGUGUCUGCAGAAGGAAAGAGAAGCCUCAGACUAGAAAGGCAAGACACAGCUUAACACAGCCAAAUUUAGGUCUGGAAAAUGACCAAGCACAAAACAAACCCAGCUAUCCCACAGAAAGAAAGACAAAUUACUUUAAGAAUCAUAAUUUAUCUAAUCGCAGAGGUGGCUCUUGUGCAAAAAAAAUAAUCACUAGGGAGACCAUUUCCCCUGUGACUGGCUCCAUAUCAGAGGACCACAUGUAUUCUCCUGUAUCCCAUGAAGCUUUAGAGGACAUCCUACAUAUGGAAGACGCACCGGUUUUGUUAGACAGUCUUGCAUGCUCUGCUGUUACAAGCCCCAGGUCAGGCAGCACAAUGCACUCCAUUGCUGCCAGUUCAUCAUCAGACAAGCUAACAACAGAGAAAGAGAAUGUUAUAAACCCUGCCUUGCUAAACAUGGCACUAAAGAGCCAAGCUGAUAUGUCUGCAGAAGAGAUACUUAAUUCAGCACAGAGGAAUCUCCCUUCUGAUUCUGCAGGGGAAGCUGAGAGACUGGAGCCCAGGGGACUUGGGGAGAGAACAGCAGGUAAGCCUCCUGCUGUGCCACCAAAAACAGAAAAGGCUCUGCGGCGGGCCAAAAAGCUGGCCAGCAGGAGAAAGAAAAUGCAAGAGCAACAGAAAAAACAUCAGACUGAGCAGACAGAUGCUGUAGGGAGAAAAUCUUCUCAUUCUGGAAGACCCAGUGGUGCAUCAGCAGUAAGCCCUUCACCCUCUUCAACCCAGCGUAAAAUCCUCCAAGACCCUGACUCUGGCCAAUACUAUGUAGUUGAUUUACCAGCUGAAGUUAAUUUAAAGACAUUUUAUGACCCAGAAACUGGCAAGUAUGUUCAAGUUUCAGUCCCUUCCUCAGAAGGGAACUUACAUGAGCCUCCCUCUUCAGAAAUUAUGAAUUCUCCCUACGCCUCCUACCCUAGAGUGCUGCCUUUACCAGCUUCAUCUGUAGCAGUGCUGAAGUCACCUUCUCAGCUCUCCGAACCUACCUGGUUAAUGCCAGCUGUACCAGGAGAAACAGCUGAACUACCUGAAGAUGGCCAGCAGGACUACAGAUAUACUGAAUCUGUGGAUACUCAGCCCUAUAUUGAACCAGCCUCUUACUCCUACAGUCAAAAUGCUGAAGAAACUCAAGUUCACUUACGAAAGGACACGAGCCCAACACCAAAUACUGACAUAGCGUCCCUCACCGAUUUAGAUGAUUUUGCUGCUGAAGGAGUAUCUUGAAAACUGAAGUAACAAAAUAUGCCAGGUACUGUUUUUAAGAACCGUUUGGACAGACACAUGCACACAAAAGCACAUGCAGGUUUGAUGUUUGUACAACACUAUGUCUGAAUCUCAUUGUGGUUUGGGUGGAAGGAAAAUGAAAGCUGACCAUGUUGAAAGAUGCAAGGUGAUGAUCACUCUGAAGAAGUGCGAAAUUGAGUAAGCACCAAAUUAUCAGUGAGAUGAAGGGGCACUGCCAGCUAAACAAAUAAAUACGACAGUAUGAAGCCACUGCUUGCUGCUACUGCUGCUUUGCCAUUAUGAUGGCUGGGGUUGCCAAAGCAAGUGUGCUUUUGCCCAGAUGUGUUGCAUGAUAUGUGACACAAAGUAAAACGUAUGAGACCAUCCUGUCCAUCCUAUGAGACCUAGGACAGAUGCUGCAUCUAGUGAACUUUCCUCACUCACUGCCUUUGAACUAUAUUGACAGGCAGAAAGCAUGUGGCUACAAAUAUGCCAUAAACCCAAGAUUCAUUUUUUUGCACACAUUGAUUGCCCAGAUGUUAUUGACAAGAAGAUUGCUUACUGGAUGCACAAUACAACAGCCAUGUAAAAAACCUUUAAACAACCAGAAUACAGUUGCAGCUGCUCUAGACUUCUUGUAUACUUUUGCAGUGUCCACUAACAUGCUGCUGAAUUCAUUUCUUGAUAAUCUCCAAAUAAGUUCCUUUAAAGUCAGGGGUUAUUUAUAAUGCAGCUUAAACUUUCAACUUCUCUUGAUACUUGGCCUGAAAUAUUUUUGUAAGGAGCAAGGUUGAAUGAAAUCCCAUAAUGGUAUUUAAUUUUUUUGUUGUUGUUGAUAGGAUGAGAAGACCUUUGCUUAUUAUAAUUGAAGUGCUUUUGUUUUGUUUUGUUUUCAGGCUCCCACUGAAAUAUGCGCUAACUUUUAAAACCUGAAAAACAUUGUACCUAAUUUUGGUCUUGUGAAUUUAUGAAUUCUGUGGUUCUUAAAAAAAAAAAAAAAAAAGAGAGAUAAAAAACAUCCAAAGUAUUAAUUUCCAGAAAAGUGCUUCUUUGGAUUAUCACUUUUCUUUGAAAGAUCUGUGUCAAAAUAUCACUCAUUCUUGCAUAAGCUCUUUUUUAUCAUCAUAGAUAAUGAGAGAACCUUGGUGAAAAGAUGGAAAAAUAUGAAUGUAAUAUGCCUGCUUAUAAAUAUCUGUAUUUGGAGUAUUGGUUUCCUUUUCCUCUGUGUCAUUUUCAUACUGUUUACCCCAAUUAAAACUGAAGUGCAGGAGCUCUAAGGAAGAAUGAUACCAGUGACUUUCAGCCUGAUUCACAUCUCAGGCUAUUUUUACCAGAUUGUUUUCAGUGAAGUGACUCUUGACUUCCUGAAAAGAAAAGGAAGAAUUGAGCCUUUUGCUAAUAAAUACAAUGUUGGGAUGGGACACAGGCACUGCCCCACUCUCACAGUUUUAAUAUUUAUGGUAGAGAUUUUCUUCAGUAAAUUCUUAAUUUCCCAGAGCUGAGGCUGCUCUCAGGACACAGACCAACACUUUGGUGGUUUGGCUCCUUCCCUAAGCUGAACUCAGCUCCCAGCCUUCCUCCAUCCCCGACAGAGCCGUGCGUUCAAAAACUGUCCUGAUCUCAUCAGACACUUCCUUCUGUCAGCGCUAUUUGCUAAAACAUUUCCCACAGAGGGGCUCGGCAGACACUAAGGGCAUCUCUUUGUUGAUUUCAUUGGGGUUUGGAUUUGGCCUUUAAUGAUUUUCUAAAAUCUGUUUUGCCUGUUAUGCAGACUUGUGUCAAAUUUGCCAUUUUGUGAUUUGGCAGGGACAGUUGCAGCAGAGGUAUGGGGUGGAAAUGAGAAGCUUGUACUGGUUCGGUUUGGGCUUUGAGCACAUUCAGCCAGAUGCCCAUAUUUGAAUAAACAUUUAUUGUUCAGUCUCCACCAUUGAAAUCUUUCAACACCUGACUGGAUACAGCCCUGAACAACCUAGGCUGGCCUCAGAGCUGACCCUCCUUGAGAAGGAGGUUCAUCCAGACAUGUCCUGAAAUCUCUUGCAACCUGAAUUAUCCUAUGAUACUGUCCUGCAAACAUUAAAAUUUCUAAACCAUCUUUGGCUUGGAACUCAGAAAAUGCAGUCUCUCCUGGGAAAGGGCUCAUUUUGAAAGAAAUAAAAAAGAAUUUUACAAGGAUCAAUUUUCAAAUUGUUAAAUUAAGGGAAAUAGCUCCUAUUAUGAAUAUUUUUGCUUUUUUUUGGUCACAAAUAUUUUGCUAAACUGACAUGGUGCCAUUGAUGUUGCACUUCUCUGUUGCUGUCAUUGUAUAUGGCGUAAUGACUAUCCAGUACAGAGCAGAAUGUCAUCUACAUGUUAAAAUAUAGAUAAAUAGAUCUGGUAAAGUUUUCCAUGGUACACUUAGACAGAACCUAUGUAAUCUGAAAGCCUACCAGAGUGCACGAGCCUUUUUUUUUGUUUGUUUGUUUUAUAUUAAAUUUAAAUGCCCUUAACAGCCACAGGUCAAGAAGUAGGCAGGCUCUCAGAGGACAGGAUAAAAGCAUGCUUUCCAAGGGGAGACUGUGGAUACAAAGUAUGUGUGCAUAGAUAUAAAAGAAAUGGUAAUUUGAUAGGUAAAAUAUACAACCGCCUUAAAAAAAAAAAUCCCUUUUGCUUGGUUAACUGUCAUUUGUUUUGUAGAUAUGCACACUUCUGCACCCUUUUUUUCGAGGGCCUUCUUAAACUCUUACUGUGGAGAAUGGGAUCCUCCAAUAUACUACUUUUAGAUACGCGAGGAAAACAGUAUAUUUUUAACUCUACUGUGAAGGCAAACUGAAACAUGGGUAUCUGAAAAGGAGCUAGUCCUAACUUGGAUACCUAAUAAAUUUCAAGUAGGAUUUCUUUAUUUUGGCCAAUACUUUCUGCUAGCUCAAGGGAGCUGCAUUCACAGCAAACUGUGUCUCUAAACAUGCACUUGUCCCAAAGGGAGUUUUGACCUAGAGAAUUUGUAGCUAGAUGAAACAAACAGAACUGGGGAGUUUUGAAAACAAAUAUGAAAAUGUUUGUCAUUAUAUAUCCAGAGCUUUCCCUAGAGCACUUUUCCACAAGGAGUGAAAGAUAUUAUAAAAGUGCUGCUCCAUGUCCCAGCCUGGUAUUGACUCCAUUUGAGUAUGAACCCAUCAGCAAACCUGUCUCUGGCCUAGACCAUUCUGUUGGCCAACGUCUUGCUAGGCCAUGGGAGUGUGUGUAUGUACAAACACACACAUGAAUGCACAUAAACAAUAUGAUAUAUAUAAAUAUAUAAAUAUUAUAUGUAUUUAAUAUACGUAUAAAACUGGUAUUUGCAUAUCAGUAUAACACAGCAGUAAUGCCUGUGGUGGUGAACACAAAAUUUUGUGUGUUAAAAGAAAGCCAAAUGACACCUUUUCAAAUAACAAAUAUUUUUCUUUCCUUGCCCUUUUCUGUUUGUGUUUGUUGGGUUGUUGGGGUUUUUUUUUUCCAUUGCUGCUGUGAGAAACUAGGAUGGAAGAGGUCAUUACUAGGCAAAAUGACAGCUGUGAAUUGACCUCUUUCUUUGGGGGGGUGGGCUAUGGGAAAUGUGCAAUAGUCAUGAAAGCAGUUGUAGGAAAGCACCGUUGCACCAUUUAAACAACAGUGACAUUAAAUCAUAGGUUAAAGAGGUGUUGAGGCAAACUAAGUUGAAUUCUGCCUUGCCAGCAGCCAGUGGGUAGGGCUAAAGAACACAGCAGGCUCUCUGCAUGCACAGAAGCACAGCAGGCUGAAGGGAACAGAGGGCCAUUGCUUUCACUGCUCCCUUCUCCUGCACAUGGCUUUUUUUGCAUGUUGCGUUUCUGGGUGUCCUGAGGCUUGUUUACAGCGGUAGUUCUUCCUUGGCAGAUGUGACUGAGGCCAAACCUGGCUUACCUAGUCUUUGGCUCUUGGGCCAGAACUGCCUCCCUUUGAACCUCCUUCUCCUUCUGGCGCAAGCUGUCACACGGCAGACUUGGACUGCCGUCCUGCAGCCAUGGCUCUGUCCCAAGAGCUCGAAUUUCCUCAUGCAAAAUGAUGGAUUUGUUUUAGAGAUUGCAAUUUAAUUAAAAUGGCCUACAUGUGUGGAUUUUUAUCAACUCCUCAUUGGGUGUUCAGUGCCUUCCUAAGUCAUCUGUCCAAGAAAAUGUGUGUCAUUGGCACAUUAUAUUGAUGCAACUGUAUUUGCAAAUAAGUAAUUAUUUAUUAAUUAAUAAAUAAAAUAAAUGGGACUUGUUUUACAAUACUGGAAUGACUUCUAGCCAGCUUUUUCAUUGUUAUUAUGUCUCAUUGUAAUUUUAUCUGCAGUUAUGCCAGCAGAAAAAGUCGACAACAUGGAAGUGUGUGUUUGUGCGUGCAUGUGUGUGGUACACAAUUAAAAGCUCUAGGAGAUGAGUGGAUGCAGGGCAUCUGUCCCCUUCCCCUCCCUCCUACAGAGAGGGAGCAGGAGGCUGGGCAGAAACACCUUUAGCCCUGGACUCCUGCAGUCAUUCCCACCCCUCCCUGCUGUGCAAGGGCAGCGGUGUGGCCAGAGGGCCCUGGGGAUGUGGUGCCAGCACCCAGUCCAGCAGCACAGGAAGAGGGUCACCUUCUUGCCACUGCCCAGAGGACAUCAGAGCUUUCUCAUUCCCUGUACCCCAUCCACCUGGGGGAAAUUACUAGGUGUGUAACUUGAUGUAACUUGUCUUUUUCCUUACUAACCAGUCCUGCAGACUGUAUGUAGUCUCCAAAGUCUUGUCAGUGAUGGUUUUACAUUUCUUCUCAGUUCCUCUUAUCAUCUGUUGCAUUAUGAAACACAGCGGAGACUCUUCUCAAAGGGAUUUUGGCUCAGUCCUUGUCCAGACUGGCAAUUUUAUUUAGACCUGCUCUGCUUUGAUCCCUGACUAGCCAAGCCGUCCUUGCCGACAGUGAAAGUGUUUCCGUAGUUUGAAUAUAACAGAACAUAAACAGAAAAGUUGGCUAGUUAUAUUUUUACCAGAAAUACAUUGACAGAUUUGCAUGUCUGUAUUUGGGGGAUAUACUGUUUUUCUUUCUGAGUAAAUAAAGAACUCUGAGUUUGAUCCUCUGUCUCACUCAAAACCAGCAUCAGAAGCUGGUGAUACUGUACAUGAUGAGUUACAUGGGCUCU